AUGUGUCGUCCAACAAAACAACAAACUGCAAAAGAAAAAAUUGUUGAUCAUUAUUAUCAAGAACAACAAGAUAAUGUUCUUAAUACAAUUAUAUUACAACAACAAAUGGAAUUAGAACAAUUAAUUCAAAUUGCAGAGAAUCUCAGAAAUGAUAUUAUUAAAUUACAUGAUCAAGAACAAGAAUUAAUUCAACGUUUAAAUAUCAUGAAAACAUCUGAAACAUCUCUAUUACAUAAUAUUUAUUCAUUUUUAUCAAAUAAAAAUGUUCUUUUAUUAGUUUCUGGUUUUGUCACAGGUUUCUAUAUCAUCCCUACUAUAAGUAAACUAUUUUCUUCAGGACGUGUUUAA